AUGCGGGAGCGCAAAUAUAUUGAGUUUGACACGGGUCAAUGCUUGAACCAGGAAGCCCUUUAUCUGGCACCUCGUGUCUGCCAUAUCCUUUUAGACCUUGCGAUCGUUGCACUACCGAUUGCUUUAGUAUGGAGUGUGCAGAUGACCGGGUGGAAGCGGCGGCAAAUCUCAGCGCUCUUUGCACUCGGUUUAUUCGUACCUGCUAUUACGAUCGCUGGUCUGCUGUCGCUCAAGCCAUACUUCCAGUCAAUUCCGCGGGACCUGUCAUGGAAUGCGAUCAUGCCAUCUAUCUGGCUACAGUUCUUACAGAGCGUUUCUAUCGUUUGCUCCUGCAUACCCAGUCUGAAGCGGGUCCUGGCCGACCUGCAAACUGGAAUGAUGGCUGGAACCAUCUCGGAACUCUUCGAGCUCCCUACUCAGUCGAAUCUGAAAUACCAUCUGUAG